UGUUGAUAGGCUAGUUGUUGAAGGGGUGGAGCUGCGUCGGUGAUUUUGCCAGUGGAAUUGCAUUUAAUCGUUACAACAUUGGAUUAAAACCUUUGUUUUGAGCUUGCCAACAAAAUGAAGAUGCCGGUUCUGGGACUUGGCACCUGGAAGUCAAAGCCUGGUGAAGUUACCAAUGCUGUGAAGGUAGCUUUGGAUGUCGGGUACCGUCACAUUGACUGUGCCGCUGCUUAUGGUAAUGAGCCUGAGGUAGGACUUGGCUUAAAGGCAAAGAUUGAGGAUGGUACCGUCAAGCGAGAAGAUGUUUUCAUCACCAGCAAGCUAUGGAGCAACAUGCACCACCCUGAUGACGUGGAAGGGGCAUGCAGGGAGACUCUUCAGCAACUUGGUGUGGAAUACUUGGAUCUCUACCUAAUGCACUGGCCCAUGGCAUACCAGAGGGGUAAGGAGAAGUUUCCCAAGGAUGCAAACGGCAAAUUCAUCAUUGCUCCAGAGAUUCAUUACAAAGACACCUGGAUAGCCAUGGAGCAACUGGUUGGCGGAGGGCUGUGCAAAGCAAUUGGGGUAUCCAACUUCAACUUGUCCAUGAUUCAGGAAAUCCAGUCAAUCUCUAAGGUCCCUAUUUCUAAUCUCCAGAUCGAGCUGCACCCUUACCUGACGCAGGAUGACCUCGUCAAAUAUUGUCAAGAUAACAAUAUCUCGGUAACUGCCUACAGCCCUCUUGGAUCACCUGACCGCCCUUGGGUCAAAGAGACUGACCCCAAUCUGAUGGCUGACCCAGAGGUGGUCAGGAUUGCAGAGGCCAACCAGAAGAGUCCCGCCCAGGUGCUUAUUCGCUUUGCUCUACAACGGGGUGUUAACUGUAUACCAAAGAGUGUCACUCCAUCCAGAAUAAAACAGAACUUUCAGACGCUAGAUUUUGAGUUGAGCGCAAGUGACAUGAAGUCACUGCAUGAUCUCAACAGGAAUUACAGAGGUUGCUGUCUGUCUUGGGUGGACCAUCCUCAUCACCCAUUUCCCAGUGACAUCAGUGUCCAGUAACAACAAUGUGAAUGAAGAUACUUGGGUUGUGUCCAAAAUGUGACUUCGGCUACUGGUACAGCUACAGCUAGAUCGCGCAUCUGCUUAUUCUUCAACACUGGCGUGUCAUGGCCGAGCGGUUGGUUAAGAGCACCGGAUUCAAGCUCUGGUGUUUGAUCAGCAGAGCUUUGAAUCGAUGACACCCAAGCCUACCCAAGCCUAUAUCUGUUUGGACUGUAAAAGGGGUAACCCUGUUUCAGCCCUAGGAGUAGGUAGCAACAAUCCUGAAAAAAAA